GCUGAUAAUCAGGAUAAUGUGGACACUCUUGACCUGAAUGGUAUCGAACCGCUCGAAAUCCCUGACACUUUCGAUAUACCGGAUCUGGACAUCGAUAUCGACGAAAUCAAUACACAGAUAAUGGAAAUCGAGAAAUACAUCAAAGACGAGGACGUCGUCGAUGGCGCUGAGGAGGACUCGGACGAGAUCUCAGACGUGGUCUACCAGAAGGCGGCCGAACUCGAGUUCACGGUAUUGCCGAUCGCCCGACCCAUGGGUGAUAAAUACCAGUUGAAUGAGAUGGAGAGCUAUAAACUGUCGGAGCUGUUCAACGCCACCACCUUUUUUAAGGAGCCGAUAGUAUCCGUCACCUCACAGGCCAUGCAUUAUGAAGACAUGUGUAGUCUGUUGUGUAAGAAAGCAGAGGAGCAGACCCGACGCGUGAUAAAGAUGUCCAAACAUUUGACGUCUUUUAAUGAUAUCAACGAAGACGACAAGAUCUCACUCAUUAAGUUCGGGGCAAUGGAUCUGUUUUGCAUGCGGUCUGUCCCUCACUAUGACUAUAUGAAUAAGACCUGGGUCUAUACCAUGAAUAAUUCAAAUUCUGUUGUAUUGAGUAUAGAGUUGAUGCGAAACUGUCCCCGAGAUAUAUACUCGUAUUACAAGAAGUUUUUAGAUAAAAUAGGCAAAGAGUUUGAAUCGGAUCCAGUGGUUCUCGAUUUGUUAACGGCAAUAACG